AUGGCGACCACGGCUCGAUCCACGGUGGAAAGGCUGGACAGGCCUAGCACCUAUUUCAACAACAAGAACAAACGCCGGAAGUCGUACCAUGAUCGUGGAGAUCGCGAGGAAGAUAAGAUUCAGGGAGAUUUCGACGUCUCUCUGAAGGAGGCUACCACUUUAUAUGUUGGAAACCUGUCAUUUUACACGACUGAAGAGCAGAUACACGAGCUAUUCGCAAAAUGCGGAGAGAUAAAGCGCCUGGUAAUGGGCCUGGAUCGAUUCCAGAAAACACCAUGCGGUUUCUGCUUUGUUGAGUAUUACACACACCAAGACGCUUUGGACUGUAUGAAGUAUAUUGGGGGAACGAAGUUAGAUGAGAGAAUUAUUCGAACUGAUUUGGAUCCUGGAUUUCAGGAAGGAAGACAGUAUGGAGACAGAGCUGACCAGGCCUUCAUUAGACGUGGUAAAUCUGGGGGGCAAGUCCGUGACGAGUUUAGAGAUGAAUUCGAUCCCGGCAGAGGCGGAUAUGGACGCGGUUUGGCAGAUGAUAAUUGA